AUGUGCCAUAGAAUUUACACUUUCAGCCAGUGCUACCACAUCGACAUUUCAGAUGACGAGAAACACUUCCCUCCAUGCCGUUGCAAACGUGUUAGAGGUACUCGUCACCUAGACCGCGCCUGCAAUGGUUGCAUCCGUUUCUCCUCUCCCUCAUUCCCUCGUGAGCACAAAAAGGCGAUUAGCCAGCAAGUCUUCCGGUUCAAAUCACUGCAACUCGCUCAGGAUGAUAUCAGAAAAUAUCUACCAGGUUGGAAAAGGAUCGUUGGUGUCGGUACCAAGAUCUUGGGAGACUCUCCCGAAGAUGAUAGAGGUCCAUUUUUCGAUGGCUUUCUUCAUGAGAAAAUCCUAGAUGCUAUUGAGGAGGAGAUUAGGACACUUGAUGAUGGUAUUGUUGCCAUAAAUUUGGUUUCGACCAAUAAAGACGAUGGCGCCACGGGAGGCGAGAAUGGUUCUUCUGCUCUAAACAAGAGCUUACUGAUGAUUAGCCCAUCUAUGGAACAAUCUGGCAACCUCACUGACUUCAUCAAAUGA